GGAUACUUAUAUAGUCAAAUGUACAAAUUGUGUUAGUGCGAAAAUCGUGAGACCGCCCGAACCAGAGAACACGGAAGCGUUGAAUAGCGCUAAUAGCGAGCUCCCCGAACGCACCUUAUAUCUUGUGUAUAAUCAUUCAAAUAAGUUGAUGAAAUUUUAAAAACUUAAUUAACGCAAUAGAAAAUAAAAAGAUGGAGGAUGAUCCCGUUGUUAAAAAGAUACCUGUGUUUCUGUCUAAGACUUUGGAAAACAAACUAUUGCUGUUACAAUACCCUACACGUCCUAUGAACAAUGACAAUUUUACAGUCUUAAAAUCGUGCAUCAAACCUAACAACUUAAAAGUUCAAUUAGAAUUUAAAGUUGAUACACAUAGUAACAAUUAUAAUCUCAGUAAGGGAGUGAAAUUAGUGCUCAAUGCAAAGAAUGAAUCUAAGAGAAAUGAAAAUAUAUCUGACAGCGAACUGUUUGAUAAGAUUACAUUCUCUUCAAUACAAUCAGUGACAGACUGCUCAAAUUAUGCGAUCGGAAUCUUUCAAAACAACGAGCUUCAUAUCACGCCGUUAAAAGGAAUAUUAGAAAUGCAACCGCAAUUCAAUUAUUUGGAUAAGAGUGACAAACGUUCCAAGUAUAAGAAACAUGCUCCAGAAGAAAUAAAUAGCAAUGAGGAAGAGAAUAUGGUGCUAAUGCAUACAAUGAAACAACAAUCAGAAUCUAUAAAGAAACUUCAAGAGCAGUCUUUCAAACAUGAUUCGAAAAAAAAUCAAGAAGAAAAUUGGAUACACACGACAUACGUAUCAACCCAUGAAACGGUAUCUCAUUUAACAAGAUUAGAGAUGCUCUAUCCGACGUCAGACAUAACACUGAAUUUAUCCAAGCAUAAAUAUUUGGAUCUGCUGAUGCCGUCACGCUCGCAAACGUUUCUCGAACACAUUAAGACAUUGCCAUUGCAAGAACAAAUCACAUCAUUUGUGGAAAACGCGAGAAUCAUAUCUUUCAGCAAUUUAUGUUCAAUGUUGUCGUUGGAGCACAGCACGACGGAUGUACUCUGUCAUUUACAAAAGGUGGCGAUGUUAGUGCAGGGUAAUUGGGUCUUAAAAAGCGAACUGAUCUAUCCCACUGGUUUUAUAUCUUCCCAGAAUAACAUUUCCGCCGAUUUCAUGUGCAGAGCUCGCGAUUACAUAUUGUUAUUAUUGAUGGACCAUGUAUAUCUCAAGCGCGAUAAAAUAAUAUCCGUCGUCAAACUGCCGUCGGCGGAAGUGAUGGAGAUCCUAGAGAAACUGUGCACGAAAGAUUCCAAAGAAGGAUGGAAACUGAUGAUACCGCCUGAUUGGAACUUUUGCAACAGAUAUCCAGAACUUGCUGAACGGCAACGAAUAUUUUGGGAGGCGAAGCGGAGGUUUCUACGUGAAAGUAGAGAGAAACCUGAGAGCGGCCAUCAGCCCAAUUUCAGCGGCCGGAGCUAGGCGCAUUUUAGAUACGCCAUCUAACCAAAAUGCGCCUAAUUACGUCCGUCAGGCGCACUUUCGCAGUGUAUAUUUCCAUAUAAUGAUAAUAAGUUAGAAAAGGACAGACGUCCAAUCGCUCUGUUCUUGUCUCACCACUGAUAAUGGCUCCUGCAUACAGUACGCGGUAAUGCUUGCCGCGCGGCGGAAG